UCGGCACUCCAUUCACCCUACCUGCAGGCCUCGAUCAGCUCCGCGACUAUAUAAUGCCGUCACCUUGCACUGCGCAGCUCCCCCUCAAGAGCUAGCUGAUCGAUCAUCACACGCCGCGUAGGCCAGCUGCGGGUAGUGAAGCAAGGCAAAUCAACAAGAUGGGAGACGGCGCCGUGACCGCCAUCCAAACGUGGAGUGAUUUGAUCGAGCGUUUGGGGAAAGCUGGAAAAAAGCUGGUGGUGCUGGAGUUCUGGGCGACGUGGUCCGAACCAAGUAAGUACAUGAAGCAGGCGUACAAGGAUCUCGCCAAUGACUUCAAAGAAGUCGAGUUCUACACGCUCGACGUCGACAAGUUCAAGGAUUUGGCGGAGAACGCCGGAGUGGAGGCGCUGCCGACGUUCAUGCUGAUCAAGGAAUACGACGUGGAGGACACGGUCGUUGGCGUCAAGAAGGAACAGCUCAGGAAGAGCAUCACCGCCAAACUGAAAUAAAUAUGUACAUUAGAUGAAAUAAAUAAACACUCCUAUUCCAGAAUACAUAUAGACGCGCACCCACACGGGCAUGACCGCUGUCCACCAGCUGCUGCCUCACUCGUAGGUAUGGUUCAUGAUCUGUGUGCAUCGAUUAUAUCGAUAUAUCGAUCGUCCCGUGUAUGAUUUGCCUGAACUUCUGGGCAGCUAAGUCCAUCUUAAUAUAUUGAGGCGACGAAGAACUGUAUACUGGUUUGAUGUAUUUGGAAUAAAUUUCUGGAGCUACUGCCAGAACUUGGUUGUUC